AUGGAAGACAGCGUUAAGGUCAUACGCAAUGGAGAUUAUACCAGAUCUGUAGGAAAAUCCAUCUAUACGCCACAAAGAGUACGAAAAGGAUUUACUACACCUGCAGUUGGUUCUACUAUACCAUCCAAGUAUCAAACUUACGUCACCGUAAAUAGGGAAAGAAAAUCCUUCAACUCCUCAGCAGCCAGAUUUGGAGAUCAGCUAGUAGAAGUAAACGACGUACCAGGCCCAGCGGCUUACGAACAUCGCCCAAACCUAGGCCAGGAAUCAGUCUCGUUAUCUAAGAAAGGAACCGGUCCUCUCGCUUCAAAGUCUCCUAGAUUUCGGAACACGAUUCGAGGAAAUACUAUCGGCCCAGGUUCUUAUGCACCACCUACGACCGAAAAGAAAUUGAAUUUUAGUACUGCGCAAUCAUCUAGCGUUUUUAUGGACAGAAUUGUUAAAGUUAAGGAUAAAUCGGCUUUAUCUCCAGGUCCUGGAACCUACAGUAUUCCAUUAUCCGAAAUCGACAAAGGAAAGGGAGCAACGUCUGCCUUUCGAUCAAAAACUAGUAGAGUCGCUGUUGAUAUCCAAAAGCAAAGAAUGCCAUCACCAAGUAAAUACUAUGUUACUGACAAUGGAAUGAAACGAGAAUCGAAGUCUUAUAAUUCAGUAUUUAAAUCUACGAGUAAUCGAUCAAUCAUGAAGCUAUCACACGUUCCAGGACCUGCAGAUUAUGAACCCUAUGGCAAAGAAGGGUUAUACAAUGACAAAAAAAUUUUACCACCAAAACAUUACCAAUGCUUAUCAGCGCCGGCUAUACCUCCAUCGCCACCUCCACCUUUACCAGGUCCUGGAAGUUACGAAUUGAGAGAUUUUUCACAACCUACGAAGCAUUUUAUGUCGACAUCUUCUUUUACAUCAGGCACAAGUAGAUGGAUGAAUGGCGGAAUUAAAGAUACCCCGGGGCCAGGAGCCUAUAAACCAGAGAUUUGGGGUAAACAAUCAUUUCAUGAAAAUGUUAAUAAGAAAUGGAUAUAA